AAUUAGUUUCAUUUUAUACAUUUCUAUAAAAAUUCCCAUCAAAAUCUUCAGCCCCAAGCGCAUAAUCCGCAGCCGGUACCGCACUUUAGGUUAGUGUUCACACAGAGCAGCACACAGGGGAGGCGGCGCCUCCCGUCUCGCAUUCACAACCGUUGACAUUCAAAUAAAACUACUCUUUCCUCGGCGACCGUGUUAUAAACACCCAGCGUAGUGACGUCACGGAGACAGCAGAUUCCUGUAACCCAUUCGCGUGCGCCCAAUCCGUCCCCGCCCUCAUUCCAUCUUCCGGCCGAUACACUGCUGUGGUGGGGAACGGGUUAAAGAGAGGCGCUCGCUCGUUGCUGUCCAAUAAGGUGCGAGAGGCGGGCCGCGUCAGCUUGCUCAAUCCGGGUACUGUUGAAAGUGGAAGCUUUACCCUUGGGGUGUAGCCGGAGGGUCGGCGCAUGCGCAGUGCCGCUUAGUCGUCAUCUCGGUAGGAGAGAAGCGGAGAAGCUCUGGGGAGAAGCAGCAGGGACAGCUGUGGGAGCCGGAGCCUGGGGAGGGAGCGUCUGGCUGUCUCCUCAGCAUCACUAACCGUUCUCUACCGCACCGCCUCCACUUCAUUCCGGCCCCCGCCCACCCCGAGCCGCCUGAUCCGAGGUGAGGACGCCGCUCCCGGCCGUGUGUGAAUAGUGUCCCGGCAGCGCUGUAGCCAUGGGAUGUACGCUAAGCGCGGAGGACAAGGCGGCGGUGGAGAGGAGUAAGAUGAUCGACAGGAACCUGAGGGAGGAUGGAGAGAAAGCCGCCCGGGAGGUCAAGCUGCUGCUUCUGGGUGCUGGAGAAUCAGGAAAAAGCACAAUUGUCAAACAGAUGAAGAUUAUUCAUGAAGCGGGUUACUCAGAAGAGGAAUGCAAACAAUACAAAGCUGUGGUAUACAGUAACACUAUACAGUCCAUCAUUGCCAUUAUUAGAGCCAUGGGCAGAUUGAAGAUAGACUUUGGAGACCCGACAAGAGCAGAUGAUGCACGUCAGCUUUUUGUAUUAGCUGGAGCUGCAGAGGAAGGUUUUAUGACAGCUGAGCUGGCCGGAGUGAUCAAGCGUUUAUGGAAAGAUGGUGGCGUACAGGCCUGCUUUAAUAGAUCGAGAGAAUACCAACUUAAUGACUCUGCAGCUUAUUACCUCAACGACUUGGACAGGAUAGCUCAGAACAGUUACAUUCCUACUCAGCAGGAUGUGCUCAGGACCAGAGUGAAGACUACUGGCAUAGUGGAAACACAUUUUACCUUUAAAGACCUUCAUUUCAAGAUGUUUGAUGUUGGCGGCCAAAGAUCAGAAAGAAAAAAGUGGAUUCAUUGCUUUGAGGGUGUUACUGCAAUCAUUUUCUGUGUGGCACUGAGCGAUUACGAUUUGGUCCUUGCUGAAGAUGAAGAAAUGAACCGAAUGCACGAAAGCAUGAAAUUAUUCGACAGCAUCUGUAAUAACAAGUGGUUUACAGACACCUCCAUUAUCCUCUUUCUAAACAAAAAAGAUCUGUUUGAAGAAAAAAUCAAGAGGAGUCCACUAACAAUUUGUUACCCAGAAUAUGCAGGUUCAAAUACAUACGAAGAAGCUGCUGCAUAUAUUCAGUGUCAGUUUGAAGAUCUUAACAAAAGAAAGGAUACAAAGGAAAUCUACACCCACUUCACGUGUGCGACAGAUACCAAGAACGUGCAAUUUGUAUUUGAUGCAGUGACUGAUGUCAUCAUAAAAAACAAUCUCAAAGACUGUGGCCUUUUCUAAAACUUGUCAUUAUAUGAUUGCAUUUGACUUCACCCUGUUAUAGCUUGAUGGCUUUUGGAGUGAUUUAAGACUCUCAAUGAACGGCGGACCAGUACUGUACUUUGCCAGUUUUAUUAGCUUUAUUUAUGUUCAUGUCUUGUAAAUUUUCAGAAGUAACUGCGAUUUACUAGGCCACACAAUGGAGAAGGUAUCUUGAUUGUAUGUAUACUGUAAUUGUAGGAAUGUUAUUUGUACAGGCAUUGAACAGAAUAUUUUAAUAAUUUGAAUUGUUUAAAAAAGAAAACAAAAAAAAAUAAGAUCCUCUGUUUCAUGAAAUGCAGUUGGAGGACAUUUUUUUUUUUCUCGCCUGUUAAGUUUAUUUAAAGAAAUAAUGUAUAUUUUUAUUAUAAUUUUUUUCCCUUUUAAGCAUGCAUGCUGCCUUAUUCUGUGUUCUGCAAUGUUUCCUUGCAAGCCUGUAAGAUAUAAAUAUAUAUAUAAUGAAGCAGAAUGAAAUCUGGACACCUUACAGUUGCACAAUCCUGGGGCAUGUAACACAGAAUCAUCCUGUCGGCCUGAGCCUUCACUGUGCAUUUUUAUUAUGUAAUAGUUCUCUUGAGCAUUGCCUUACAGGUGGUGCCAAAACUGCAUUUUUUUUAUACAUUUUAAAAAUCAAGUACUCUUUUAUUUGUAAAUAGAUUUUUUCCAGGUGUCUGUCCAGAACAUUUUGUGGGCUGCAGAAAUGCAAACAAACAUUUUGGGAUUGCUUACCUUAUUGUUGGAGGAAUCAUGUACUUGGCAUGCGGACCAUGGCAGUACUUUGUAUAGAGGAGUCACUCCGGCAUCAGUUACAUUUUACGUAUGUGCUACAUUUUAGUACACCUCAGCUUUUCCAUUGAAAUGUGCAGCCGGAUGACUCUCCAUUAUAUUCCGUUUUAAUGUUUGGCUUUGUGAUGCUGUCUUUGUAAUUGCCUCACUGUCACUUUUCUUCUUACAAUCCGAUCAUUCCUUCAUUCUUAUAAACACCUUGGGUGGUAUUAUGUCCUAGCCCCCACUGGAACUCAAGAUAUUCCUUAAAUUUGUGAGAUUUAUUUUAUUUUUUAAGAGGUGAAAUUUUCUUGCACCUUUUUUUUUUAUUUUAUUUAUUUUUUUUAUAGCCAUUCUAACUUUGUGGUUACUAAGAAAUCAUUGUUGGAACACUUUUCAUAAGAUCUUUACCCUUACCUCACUGUGGGAUAACAAUGGACUUCAAAAUAAAUCCAUGAAAGUUGUGUUGCUUCAUAUUUACCUAAAAUUCACAAGUAACUUUUUUGUGUUGUCCAGAACAUGUAAAAAAUGACUUGUACUCGUUGUUACCUUCUUCAUUAAAGUUUUUGUACUUCACUAUAUGGAAUGAAUUCUUGGUGAUUUAAUGAUUACUAAGGUUAAAGCUGAAUUCUUUGUGCCUUGAAUGAUUUUUUUUUCUUUCAACUUUUAUUUAAAUAUUGUAUUUGGCAACCUGAUCCAUAUUUGUAACAAUGUACUGACGGAAAUCAUGUUGUCACCUUCACCAUGUAUAUAAUAGAGCACUGAUUUGUUGAGCAUUAUUGAUGGGUUCCUUGACUUUCUCAUGUAAAACCAUGUUCCUAAUGAAUCCCAAUAAACCUUGCAGUUUUUUUUCACAU